CAAGAAAAGUCAGAGUGGCUAAAACAGCAAAGUAGCGGGCAGAAGCGAUUACGUUGGUUGGUGGGAGUCGGCAUAGCCGUUAUUGUCGUCCUUGCCAUCGCGGGAGGCAUCGUCGGUGGAGUCCUUGGUAGCAGGAAAGCUUCACAGAGCAACGGUGAUGGUAACUCUGGUGGCGUCACGGUCUCGCAAGGGAGCUCUCAGGGUCUCUGGGACAUGAAUACACGGGAGAUCAAAGCUGUCAUGGGCAACAAGAACUUCCACAAGGUUUUCCCGACAAUGGACUAUACUCCCUUGAAUGCGCAAUAUCCAGCGUGCCUGACCAACCCUCCCGAUCAGAACAACGUCACCCUCGACAUCGCAAUCCUAUCACAAUUGACGCCUGCAGUGCGGCUCUACGGCACAGAUUGUAACCAGACCGCCAUGGUCCUUGAGGCCAUCGACCGCCUCGGCAUGAGCUCCUCCAUGAAAGUCUGGCUCGGCGUGUACCUCGACGGCAAUACGACCACCAACGAACGCCAAGUCGAACAAAUGUACGGCAUCCUCGACAAAUACCCUUCCUCACGCUUCGCAGGCAUCAUCGUCGGCAACGAAGUCCUCUUCGGCAAGUAUCUCACCGUGACACAACUCGCGACGCAAUUACAAGCCGUGCGCACGAAAUUGGCGACCAUGAAGAUCGAAUUGACCGUCUCCACUGCCGAUCUGGGCGAGGCUUGGAAGAACAACCCUGACCUGGCGUCUUCCUCGGACAUCGUCAUGGCCAAUGUUCACCCUUUCUUCGCGGGUGUCAAGGCGGAGCAGGGUACUAGCUGGGCCUGGACGUAUUGGCAGAGCAUUGUGGCCCUGCCCGGGCUCAAGACUGGUACUGUCGGUGGAAGCUCGUAUCCCAAACGGAUGAUUGGCGAAAUCGGCUGGCCGACUCAAGGCGGUCACCAUUGCGGUGGACAGGAUGCGAACUACGGCUGCGUGACCAGCGACGACGGCGCCGUCGCGAGCAUAGCCAACCUCAACACCUUCAUGAGCGACUGGGUAUGCGCCGCGCUCACCAACGGCACGAAUUAUUUCUGGUUCGAGGCUUUCGAUGAGCAAUGGAAACACCGCUUCGAUACCCCCGCGAACAAUUGGGAGCCUUACUGGGGCUUGAUGGAUCAUAACCGGAAUCUGAAGAAGGGAUUGGUCAUUCCUGACUGUGGCGGUCGCACUGUC